CUGUGCCGGGGGCGGCGCGCGGGCCGCUCACUUCCGCGGGACUCGCGGGCUCCGGGCGUAUGGAGGCGGCGCAGAGGCCGCGGCCGAGCCUGAGUCGCCGGAGGCCGCCCUCGGGAGUCCGGCCCCCGAGCACGGCCCGCGGGCCCCCCCCGGACGGCGGCGAGCGUGCGCAGCUGUGGGCGGAGCUGCUGCGCUUGGCGAGCGCGGACCUGAACGUGGCCGGCGAGCCGCCGCCUCUGCCCGCGUUCCCCGGCCGGGAGCCCAGGCGCAGCCCCGAGCGCGCGCCCCCGGAAACCUUCACCGUGGGAACCGAGACCUUCUCCUGGACGCCCUUCCCGCCGGCCCCGAGGCGAGGCGGGGACCCGGGCAGCUCCGACCAGGUGCUCCGCGGGGCCGGGGGCCGCACGGGGCUUCCGGCACGGUCCCCUCAGCGACACCCCGCGCCCGAGCCCCGUGGGACCUCCAGCGCCGAGGGGCAGCCGUCCGUGGAGGGGGCGCCGACCCUACAGAGCUGCCCCAUGUGCCAGGCUGACUUCGCCCCCGGGCUGAUGCAGCUGGACGUCGACAGCCACCUGGCUCAGUGCCUGGCAGAGAGCACGGACGACAUGGCGUGGUGAGCAGCCCGGCCGCGGCUUCCCCUCCACCGGCCGGGCCGCCUCUCCUGUGCGCACCCGAAAGCUACAUAUUAAAGGGUGAUGGUGUGAAGGGCUCAUGUCCCAUCUCUUUGUGUUGAGACCAAAACAUCGGGU